AUGCUACUUAAUUCAACAGGUUAACGAAAACUCAAACAAAAUAGUUUAUCUACUUUUAAAAGUCCUAUAAUAGUUCCAUCAAGUUAAUAAGUUUCUCCUGUAGCAUCAGGACUGAAUAGUUUGAAAAAUCUACAUAGUCCCAAAGGAUCUCAAAUUGAUGUCACUAGUCUAACUCGAUUAAUAAAAUCAACAAAAAUUAAUGAGGUAAAAUAGCUUAUAUUGUAUAGUCAGUAAAUAACCAAUAGAUAUAAGCUUUACUUGCAAAAGCUAGAGAAAUAGCAAAAGUAACGACAGAGUCUAAAUAAUAAGUACAAAAAAAGCAUGUUAAAUUACAGAGUUAAUAAUUUGUAAACUUUAAAGACUUACUUCAUAAUUCUACUUCCACUAAGAUUCAAUUAGAAAUGUAAUUUUGCAGAAAUGCAUUUAAUUUUGAUUUUGUCAUUGGAAUUGGUGGAUUUGGUAAAGUUUGGAAAGUUGAACAUAAAAAAACAGGGUAAAUAUUUGCAAUGAAAGAAAUGUCAAAAGCAUUGUAUUAAUUUAGUGUUAAUUAGAAUUGUAACAAAGAAGAGUGUACAUUCUGUAAUGAAUGAAAGAACAUUAUUAAGUCAAUUAAAGCAUCCAUUAUUAGUUAAUAUGAACUUUGCAUAUUAGGAUAGAGAAAAUCUAUAUUUAUUUAUGGACUAUAUGAAAGGAGGAGAUCUUAGAUAUCACAUAGGAAGAAUGAGAAGAUUUGAUGAAAACUCAACAAGUAUUGAUACAAUAUUAUUAAUAAGAGUUUUUUAUAGCCUGUAUUGUUUAAGGAUUAGAAUACAUACAUUCAAAUAAAAUAAUUCAUAGAGAUAUCAAACCUGAAAAUUUAGUACUUGAUGAAAAAGGAUAUGUUCAUAUUACUGAUUUUGGUAUAGCUAGAAUAAUGAAAGUUGAAAAUAGUUGUGAUACUAGUGGUACUCCUGGAUAUAUGGGUAAGAGAUAUAGAUUUAUAUUUCUAGCUCCUGAAGUUAUGUGUAAAUAAAAUCAUACUUAUGCAGUUGAUUAUUUUGCAGUUGGAGUUAUUGCUUAUGAAUUUAUGAUAGGAAGAGUAAUUAUUUUCAUUUAAUAUAGAGACCAUAUGUUGGAAGAUCUAGACAAGAAAUUAGAGAUUAAAUUUUAGCUAAAUAAGCUUAAAUUAAAAGAAAUGAAAUACCUGAUGAUUGGUCAAUUGAAGCAGUCGAUUUUAUUAAUAAGGUAUUCAUAAAAAUUAAAUUUAUUUAGUUACUUCAAAGAAAACCAUAAAAUAGAUUAGGUUCUAAUGGAAUUUAAGAAAUUAAAGAACAUCCAUGGUUUGCUAAUUUUGAAUGGGAUAAAUUGUAAAAUUAAACAAUAAUUCCUCCUUUCAUUCCUAAUGUAUGAUUCUGUAUAAUCUUUAAAGCAAACAGAAGAUAAUUUUGAUUAGAAAUAAAUUAUAGUUGAGGAUGAGGAAAAUAAUGAAUUAAUUUAAUAAAAUAUUUUAGUCUUAAGAGAUUAAACCAUAUAGGGUAUUUCUAUUUCAUAAUAAAAAUAGAUCAAUUUUAAGGAUAUGAAUUUCAUCAAGGAAAUCUUUCUAUUUCUACUGAAUAAUCUUCUGGUUCAUCAACUAAACAUAGUCGUCACCUAAGUGAAAGAUUGCAUUUCUUUGAAAAAAAGAAGAUUAUAUGA